AUGGCGCCAACGCCCGAGGAGUUUGAUGCCUCGGUGUUGCCAGAUCGACCAUGCCUUUUGAACGAAAAGUUCAAGGUGCACUCCUAUGAUGGCGGGGCAUUCAAAAGCAAGGGACAAUAUGACAUCAAGAAUUCGUUGGUUCCACUUCUCGAACCUUUCCAUUGCUCCUCAAGCGGGACGAAGUUCAAUCUCGUCCUGAAGUGUUCAGACGAUUUCACGCUGACCCACUUCUACGUUAGUGGCCCUGGACAACGUUGCACCGAGCCGGUCAAGAGCGGUUUGGUUUGGGUGCUGGAACAAGCUCCAGAUGUGGAGCGCUUGAAAAAGUACGACUCCAUGUGCGCAGAAGAGCUGCUCGAGAUAGUGAAAGGCCUCAGAACUUACAGCUCCAGUGAGCAAGCUGGCAGCGUGCCUGACCCAUGUCUCUACUUCACGACGGAUCCCAGCUCCAGGGAGAUAGAGCUGGAGCUGCCCAAAUGGAGAGAAGGCAAAUAUGUCGUUGUGAAGUUCCUGGACACACACAAGGACCAAGGAAACAUUGAUGUUGGCAUUGUGGGGAUGAUCGGCUACUUUGGCAGGCAUGCGAAGAAACAGAUUCCUCUUGGUCCAUGGAUGAAGCGCAAAGCUCGUCAGGUCUGGGUGCAUCCCAACGAACUUCAGAGCAUGUUCUCUUCCAGCGGUUGGGUGUGCGACGGUCGCGAUUUCACCGGUGGAUGCCGCAGUGGUCAGACGGACUUUCAUCAGACUAACGUCUAUACCGUCACAUUUCGAUGCACCAACAGCGGCUUCGACCUUUGCGAAAAAUGUGCACAUGAUCCAACCCUCGGACAUAUAGCUGAAGAUUCUAUUCGCUCCGAUUUGGAGGCACUUGCUGAUCCUUCACUUUGUAAGCUUGGGGCAACUCGUCUCCGGAACCUCUGGCGACGCAAUUGGGCGGAGGCGAUGCCCAGGUACUUUGCAGCAGGCUUGCUGGACAGUUUAGUCCAGGCCCUGCAGAAGUGCCUUGAUGGUCAGAGGCCGGAGGAAGAGCGCGUCACUGCGCAGCGGCAGCAACCCGGUGCAGAGAACCAGAAGCGCCAGGCCCGACGCGCGCUGCUGCAACUGACUAUGGAGCUGACGCAGAGACUCUUGGGGCUUGGUUGUGGAGAGACCGGGCAGGCUUCAAACGACCUGGUGUGGGCCAUUCGCACAGAGUCAGAGGGACAGGAGCAAUGGGACGAGGGCAGAGUUGUGCAGCUGCCGAAAUCCAUGCCUGAAAGUCUGACUUCGAGGCCGCUGCCUCCGCCCAAAAAGGCACUUGCUGUGGCGGUCGCCGGCACAGGAGGUGGAAGUGGAGAAUCGGGCGAGGCUGCACGGAGUGGAGCUGGGGGUGAGAGUGGAGACACAGCAACAGCGGCCACUGAAAAUACUCCUGCUGCAGCGGCUGACCGUGGGGAGGCUGAGGCCACGCAGUCGGACUCGGCCAUGUCUUCAAAAGAUUCCACUUCGCAGGAGGGCUGCUACCUGAUUUCAUGGCGAGAUGGACAGGCUCCAAGUUGGGUUCAUGCACAGCACGUUUGGCGGAUGGUCGCCGAUGAGGAUGUCAUGAUCGCGACUGCCGGCCUGUUUCUUGAGCUGGCCAAAGGUGCGCCCUGCGACACUUCCAGGUUGUCCAAGUUGCUUCAACAGGGCGCUGACCUCCAGGCAUUGAACGGUGAGGGGUGCACAGCGCUUCUCCUUGCUGUACGAGCCGAGGUGCCGGUUGAAGCCCUCAAAGUCUUACUUGAGCACGGCGCGUGCCCAGAUGCUGCUGGCCGCGAGGGUGUAACGCCCUUAGAACUGAUCCUGCGGAAGCAGCGUGACGAGUGCGCAGAUGGCGAUUGGUUAAGGCAGUGCGCUGAGGCCUUACGCCAACACAAGGCGACAUUGGAGGCAUCACAGGAGGAACACGCAGCUCGUGUCAUUGAACUGCAGAAAACCUUCGGAGUCAAAAUGGUCGGAGCCUUGCUUUCCCUCGCCUCACCACUCUCGCUGCCUGCAGAGAUUUUGGAGGUCCUGCACCUUCUCUUUCGAGAACUUCCACUGGAGGUGGUGCAGGCAGCCCUGGAGCCGCAGGCAUUCUGCGCCCUGACAACGCUCCUUCAGCAUGUCGUUGGUGGCACUGACAACCUUAGUGUGGCCCUUCUCGGAUGUCGCAUCAUGAAAUCCAUGUACCAGAAAGGGGAUGCCAAGCUGCAGCAUGUGGUGCGAAGCCACGGAGCCGAGCGAUGGGCAAAGCGUAUAUCAGUCAGCAAGGACGUGGCGCUGUGCGGUAUCUACCGCCAAGCUCACAAUGAGAAGGUAACUGUCGACGAGCUCAGCCAAGAGGCACAAAGCCUUCUGGAAGAGCUUCAGAAGUCGGGCGAAGGUGAGAGUGAGAAUGCUGACGCUGAGUGGCGAACAAAUGAGAAGCUGGUGGAAGUGGUGGAUGCCUUGGCCGCAGCGGAUGAAAGCGGCCCCGGUCGCCUCGCUCCUGCAGAGGGGCUUUUCGCUUUACGUGAGCUGCUGAAGAAGACUGAGAAGGGGAGCAUUGACGAGGAGCGCUGCACGGCCUUUGAGCUGGAGAAGGCCGAUGUUCCUGGCCAGAUGCUGCGAUUUUUGAAGACGCAGCCUGUGCCCCACGUGUCCUCAGUGAACGAGGAGCGGUGGAAGCUCUUCGUUGAGGCGUUCGGUGAUUUUUCGAAGCAAUCCAAGAAGGGGUUGACACGAUUUAUGAAGGCAAUGCACGCCGUGAUCGAGACGGGAGAGGCUUUGCCAGUUUGGCGGCACAAAAAGGAUCGUGGUUUGAAGGCCCUGACAGAGCCGGUGUCUUUGAAGCUUCGGAACUUGGCAAGUGGCAUCAUCGGAUGUCCCUUGCUGGAGAUGCAUUUGCCGAAGCAAGUGCCUGCUUUGUCAGUUGCAGUUGAGCCUUUGGUUCAGCUCGCAGAUCUCUCGAACUUUCUCACCAAGGUCACGCCAUGCAUUGAUGAUGCAUAUCUCCAAUUUUGUCAUCGCCUCAUCGGAAACAAGAUAUGGGACCAUCAAAAAGACAAAAUCUAUGAGGUGGUCGCCUUCGAAAUUUUCAGCCUGGGGCUGCCCAUCCCAGUUCACACAGUGCGUGCCGACGAUGAGGACAACUCUCAGUCUUGGCUUCUGGCAAACCGUAGCUACUCGGUGAUGUCGAUUUCCGAAGACGUCCCCGACCUGGAGUUGAAGGUGGCUCUGAACCAGCUUCAAGCGUUGACUCGAGCAGAAGAUUUCGUGGCCACUCUCGACUCGCUCGAACAGAUGGCUGAAACGGAGGCUCAAACAAGCUCGGAAGAGAAGACGGAGGCGCAAGCUCCAACCACGUCCGAAGAUGCCAAGAAGAAAGUCAUGCAGCUGGCAUCUCAACGUCCCACGCAGGUCCUGGAACUCAUCCGUGCCGAGAAGACCCGCUGUGCAAUCGCUGGAGAUACCACGGAAGGUGGUGACGCUGCAGGUGAGCAAGCUGUGGAUCCUUCAAUGCGGGUGCACACCGUCAUGAUUGCUGUCUCCGAUGAGAUUCCCUUCGAACUCUUUUGGCCCAUGGUCAAAGAUGACAUUGUGGGCGCCGUGCGGGAGCUGUGUCCACGCGGCAUGCCGGGAAUGGAGGAGGCGGUCCAAGCCGGUGUUGCCAACGAUGGCAUGGGACCAAUCGCGCAAAAGCUUACCCAGCAGGAGGCAGAAAACCUGGCAACGCGCGUUGGACACGUGGUUCAAACGGCUGUCACAGUUGAUCAACAAGCACUCCAGGAAGCACAGAAAGAGAAGGCAAAGAGCCAGCAAAAUGAGCCGCUAUCUGGGCUCACAAGCCGUAUCCAGUUCACUCCAAACGGCGACAAAACCUGGAUUCCAGGCACAGUCGUUGGGCAGCUCGGGGAGCGAUUCAGCCUGGUUGACGACAAAGGGGUGCUGCAUGACAAGCUGCCGCGUGCACGUAUUCGCCUUCCGCCUGGCAAAAGAGACAGCACAGGAAGUGCCGGCGGUGCCCCCAUCCAGGCGGUACUUUCUCAGGCGGACUUGGUACGCAUCCGGGAACACCUCCGACGGCGACAAGAAGAAUGGGCCGAACGUCAUGCGCAGAACUCCUCCGGAACGGCUGGUGCUGGUGAAAGAAGUGGGAAUGGCGGUGACGAGGCUGGUGCUGCAGGGAGCGAACAAAGAACGCCAACAUCUUCACGCCCAACCUCUGCACCAGCAGUUGCUGCCUUGAUGCAUCGGUCACGUGCUUCCUCUGCCCCCUCGAUCGAUGGUGCUGUCCGACGUGGAAUGAGCAUGCUAUCUCGGGAAGGCUCACUCAGCGAAGUAGACGCCACCAGUGGUGCUUUGGACGUCGUGCAGUUCAUGGAGGAUGAGGGCAUUGGCGACGACGAUUUUGAUGAGGAAGGGCCCGGCGACGAUGGCGAUGAGGAUGAUGAAGAUCUUCCUCCACUCGAAGCUCACGAGGCCGAGAGUGGCCUUGCAGCUGGACGUCUUGGGGCUAGCCGAGGAAGUGAUGGCGAAAACCGGGAGUUUGGCAUCGGCGAAGCUGGAUCCAUGGAGGAAGAGCUGCGCAUGCUGGAGCAGCUCCGUGCCAUGGAGCAGAUCAUCUCCGAGGUUCUGGAUCCGUCUGAGUCAAGCCGUUUGAGGCGGCCAGCUGGAGACUCAGCUGGCGAUGACUUGUUCACGGCCCCCAUGGCCAGCCUGCGCAUCCGCAUGGGCGGUGGUGGUGAUCUACGGGUACCAGUCGAGACUUGUCAAAUCCGCAGGGCAGGCAACAAAGGUGCAAGUGAGCCACUCCGCGGCGAAUUCCCGUCCUUCGUGCGUUCUGCAGAUUCUGCAAAUGCAACAUCUACUCUUGACCAUCCUGUUGUUGAGCGGCUGGGUGCUUCAGAUCUCACUGCUGCUCAGAACACAGGUGAUGAUCCAGUGGAUGCCGAACGAGGUUCACAGCCUCCACAAUUCUCGGCACGCUUUUGUUUGUUCCCCAGAGAAGAGUCCUCCAGUAACACUGUCGAGGAAUCCACAAACCGGGCUCAUUUGAAGUCCAUUCCAUUGCCACGGUCGUGGAACUUGCUGAAAGCGAUGCAAUUUCUACAAGAUCAGUCAGGUGUCGAGAAUCUGGCAUCUGCCUGCGCCCAAGAGCAACACACUUUUGUUGUGGAGCCGUUGCAGAAGGUUCCGUUGGACAAUUGGUGCUUGGGGUACGAGCUCGUGCUGGACAGCCCAGGUCCAUCAUUGCGCAACACAGAGGCGCAGGUGGAUGGCAGCCCAACGGCCAGGCGAACUCCGAGCGGAGAGGAAGUUGCCUUGGGCAGUGGAAAGAAAAGGCGCAGAACGUUGCCAGUGGGAGAGCUGACAGAUGCUGUGGCGCGCGAGAUGUACUCAGACGAAAGCAGAAGAUCCCCGAAUGGCCAAGUGCUCAGUCUGGAGCAGAUGAUUGAACGCUGCGGCGGAAAUACCACGGUGACCAACGCCAUUGAACUGCUGCGCAUGAUGCACACAUAUGCGCCCAGUCUCAGCUUGGAGAUGGGAAGCUGGGUUUCUUCCAAGCUUGACAGGAAGCUAAGGUACCAGUUGGAAGAUCCGCUGAGCGUGAUCAGUGGUACAUUGCCGAUGUGGGCGGUAACGCUGCCGCGGCUGUGCCCUUUCCUUUUCAGUCUGAAGACUCGAAAGAUGCUCCUGAAGUACACUGCUUUCGGGCCAUCCUUUGCUGUGCAUUGGACGCAGGAGAGCAAAGUCGGCUCUUUUCUGAAGCGGCGUGCCACGGUGCAGACGGAGCUUAAUGCGCAGACCGAUCCAAGAAAGAUGCAGGAGCUCUCCCAAGAGUUGUCCAACAUUGAGGAGCAUGUGGUGAGGUCCAACUUUUGGCUCGGCACUCUGCAAAGCACUUUGGUGCGAUUGCAGAAGGGUGAAGAGUUUCUCCGACAGUCUGACGUCGCGAUGGGCUUUCUGGCAAACGCCAGCAAGCUCUUGGAGGUGCAAUUUGAAGGCGAGACAGGCUUCGGUGUGGCAGUGACCCAGUCAUUCUACGUGGAGGUUGCGCAAGCUCUGCAAGAGCGAAUCAUCAAUACCGCUGUUCCAAUGUGGGUUGAAGAUGAUGAUUCAAGCGGAAGCCAGCAACACCUGCUCUGCCGGAAGGGCUUGUUGCUGAAACCGCUCACUGCAGGGCCACAGAGGGAUGCGGCAGUUGAGCGCUUCCGAUUCUUAGGACGGCUGAUGGGCCAGGCUCUGCGGGAGGGCUUCAUCGUGCCCCUGCCUCUCGCGGAGGAGUUUUUUGCCUUGGUUCUUGGAGAGAAGCUCGGACCAGACAGCUUGCCCCGACCUGGUGACGGGGUUGCUGGUGAGUUACUUGGUGCCCUGGCGGACUUCGCGGAAGACUUAAAAGUUGGAGAGGCCACGCAGAAAGAGCUUGUCAGCUCUCCAGAGCAGAUCCAGAAGUGGAAGAUCGCGCAGGCGGACCGAAAAGACUUCGCAGAGCGCUUCCUUACACCCAGUGACCGAGCGGAUAUGACAUCAACACAAGAGCCUAUGUCGUUCAACGACUACACCAGUUUGGCCGGAGUUUGCUUCUUGGAGACUGGCCUCAGUGGGGCAGCCCUGUGUCCAGAUGGGGAUAACAUCCUUGUUACAGCGGACAAUGUGGCUACCUUCGUGGAGCAGGCCACCUCCUUUUGGUUUGAUGCAGGUGUGAAGGAUCAGGUGGAUGCCUUCCGUUCCGGUUUGAACGAUGUGUUCCCCUUUCCAUGUCUGCAGGCUUUUGGAAGAUCAGAACUUCGAGAGAUGUUCUGUGGUGAAGAUAGAAUUGAAUGGGACGAGCAAGCGCUGCUCAACCACAUCCACCCAACGGGCGGAUUGAAUGACAAAUCACCCGCUUACAGGUUCCUUGUGGCCGUCUUGUUGGAGUUGAACCAGUCAGACAGGUCCAGAUUUCUGGACUUUGUCUCAUCGUGCCCUCGCCUUCCGCCAGGCGGCAUUGCAAAGUUCCACGUCGACGUUUUCCCUGAUACCAGCGCCUCGCGGCAAGCUUUCCCCCGUUCACGUGCAUGCGCCAACCAGCUGUACCUGCCACCGUACACCUCCAAAGAGGAACUGCAGGCAAGGCUGCACGAGGCCAUGUACUGCUCGGCUGGACAUCACGAGCAGAAGGUGCGAGACCAGUGA